GCUGCGAGGGACAGGGUGCAGAGCCGCAGUGCCGUAGCGGGCAGCAAAGGCAGCCUGCCCUUCCAGCAGCCUAGCCCCUAGCGGAGGCGGAAGACCCGAGGGGCCGCCAACCCUGGAAGCCGCCUGAUGUCCCCGCCCCAGAGAGGGCUGCACUGGGAGGAGGACGCCCUGGAGCCCGCUUCGGUCCCCUUAUGUCUCUCGGUUCCUCUUUCCUCCCAAGUAAGGGAAUAAGCGUCUAGGAGGGAGCGCCCCCGGCAAGCGCGCAACCAAGUGUUGCAUGGUGAGGAAUUGCCAGGAUUUGGGGAUUGGCCUGGACCACAGCAGAAGUAUGUUGCCUGAGGAAUAGCAGAAAUCUUUUGUCAGCUGUCGAGAGCUGCCCACAACUGUCAUCAACACUUGAGUGCCCUAGAAGUCUUCUGGAGACCUGAUCCAUUGCAUAUCUGCAAUGAGCCAGACCCUGAGCUGGGCCUCAACUUCUCCCUGGUGAACAGAAUUCCACCUGUGGCUUCGGUUGAUCACACUCAGCUGAAAGAUGAGUGAAGAAAGAUGGGUCUCUCUCUCAUCAGAAGAAUUUGAUCAACUCCAGAAAUACUCUGAAUAUUCCUCCAAGAAAAUAAAAGAUGUGUUGACUGAGUUUAAGGAAGGUGGAAGUCUCAAGCAAUAUGACCCACACAAGCCCAUUAGCUAUGAUGUCUUCAAGCUGUUCAUGAGGGCAUACCUGGAGGUGGACCUUCCUCAGCCACUGAGCACACACCUCUUCCUGGCCUUCAGCCAGAAGCCCAGACAGGAGACACCUGACCACCCAAAGGAGGGGGCCAGCAGUAGUGAGCCCAAUGUCUCAGAUUAUAAUACGGAUAAUGCCGCCAAAGCAGAUGAGGCCUGCGCUCCAGACACUGAAUCAAAAAUGGCUAAGACACAGGCGUCAUCUAAAGACCUAGAGGCUGUAGUCCCAUGGGAAGAUCUCAGUGCUCUGUCUUCCAGCUCAGAUGCUCCCAUGGUGUAUCUGAAGGAUGUGGUGUGCUACUUGUCCCUGCUGGAGACAGGAAGACCUCAGGAUAAACUAGAAUUCAUGUUUCGUCUCUAUGACUCUGAUGAAAAUGGACUCCUGGACCAAGUGGAGAUGGAUCAGAUUGUGAACCAAAUGCUGCAUAUUGCCCAGUACCUGGAGUGGGAUCCCACUGAGCUCAGGCCUAUACUGAAGGAGAUGUUGCAAGGAAUGGACUACGACAAGGAUGGCUUUGUGUCUCUACAGGAGUGGGUCCAUGGGGGGAUGACCACCAUCCCAUUGCUGGUCCUCCUGGGAAUGGAUGACUCUGGCUCCAAAGGGGAUGGGAGGCAUGCCUGGACUCUGAAGCAUUUCAAGAAGCCCACUUACUGCAACUUCUGCCACAUCAUGCUGAUGGGUGUUCGGAAGCAAGGCCUGUGCUGCAUUUACUGUAAAUAUACUGUCCACCAACGCUGUGUUUCCAAAAACAUUCCUGGAUGCGUGAAAACAUACUCCAAAGCCAAAAGGAGUGGCGAGGUGAUGCAGCACGCGUGGGUGGAAGGGAACUCCUCCGUCAAGUGUGACCGGUGCCACAAAAGUAUCAAGUGCUACCAGAGUGUCACCGCGCGGCAUUGCGUGUGGUGCCAGAUGACGUUUCACCGCAAAUGUGAAUUAUCGACGGUGUGUGAUGGUGGAGAACUCAAAGACCACAUUUUGCUGCCUACCGCCAUAUGCCCCAUCACCCGAGACAGGCAAGGAGGGAAGUCCGACAGCAGCGCGGCCCUCAAGGGUGAACUUGUAACGCAGUAUAAGAUCAUCCCUAGCCCAGGAACUCACCCCUUGCUGGUCUUGGUGAACCCCAAAAGUGGAGGGAGACAAGGAGAAAGAAUUCUUCGGAAAUUCCACUACCUGCUCAACCCCAAACAAGUAUUCAACCUGGACAACGGGGGGCCUGCUCCAGGAUUGAAUUUUUUCCAUGACACCCCAGACUUCCGAGUUCUUGCCUGUGGUGGAGAUGGGACAGUUGGCUGGAUUCUUGAUUGCAUUGAUAAGGCCAACUUCACAAAGCACCCACCAGUGGCUGUCCUGCCUCUUGGAACGGGGAAUGACCUUGCGCGAUGUCUCCGCUGGGGAGGAGGUUAUGAAGGGGGCAGCUUGACAAAAAUUCUGAAGGAAAUUGAACAAAGCCCCUUGGUGAUGCUGGACCGUUGGUAUCUAGAAGUCAUCCCCAGAGAGGAGGUGGAGAAUGGAGACCAGGUCCCAUACAACAUCAUGAACAACUACUUCUCCAUUGGUGUGGACGCUUCCAUUGCACAUAGAUUCCACAUGAUGAGAGAGAAACACCCCGAAAAAUUCAACAGCAGGAUGAAGAACAAGCUGUGGUAUUUUGAAUUUGGUACCUCGGAGACAUUUGCGGCCACCUGCAAGAAACUCCAUGACCACAUAGAGCUGGAGUGUGAUGGAGUUGAGGUAGACCUGAGCAAUAUUUUCCUGGAAGGCAUUGCCAUUCUGAACAUUCCCAGCAUGUACGGAGGCACCAAUCUCUGGGGAGAAACCAAGAAGAACCGGGCUGUGAUCCGGGAAAGCAGGAAGAGCAUCACAGACCCAAAGGAGCUGAAAUGCUGUGUCCAAGACCUCAGUGACCAGCUCCUUGAAGUGGUGGGUCUAGAAGGAGCCAUGGAAAUGGGGCAGAUCUACACUGGCUUGAAGAGUGCAGGAAGGAGACUGGCCCAGUGCUCCUCUGUCACCAUUAGGACUAACAAGCUUCUGCCAAUGCAAGUAGAUGGAGAGCCCUGGAUGCAGCCGUGUUGCACGAUUAAAAUCACUCACAAAAACCAGGCACCUAUGAUGAUGGGGCCUCCCCAGAAGAGCAGUUUCUUCUCACUGAGGAGGAAAAGCCGUUCAAAAGACUAAACAGUAUGCCAAACAAACACCAGCUCCACCAAGAACACACACACACACACAGGCACACACACACACACACACACCAGAGGGAGCAAAGCCACACUUCCAGAUGAAAGUGUCACCCUGCCAUAGAGUCUACCAAUUUUGAAAUGGAUCCUCUCUUAACAGAGCCAAUACCCAUGAAAUAUUUUGAAUGGACUCAGGGCCCACCAGGAUGGGUUGGCUCAUACAGCAACUUCCACAUUCCCACAGGCCUUGGGUAGACUUUGAGGCCGAAGGAGAAAUCCCCUUUCUUCUUCACCACUCCUAUAAGGUUCCAGGCUGCAGGUUUCCUGCCUACAGUGAGAUCGGAUGUGGUCAAAGGAAAGAGCUCCAACCCAGAAAUUUUGCACAAAAGUCCUUCUGUAUGGAAACAAAACAGCCUCUAGCUCUCCAAGCAAAACCCUUGGCAGAGCUCAGCAAGCACACGAUGGUUUCUUCCUUGUCCUUCAAGCAACAGCUCCUCCCCUAGCUUGCUGAGGAAAGCCAAGAAGCCAAGGAAAGCUGUUUCCGUUUUUGAUUCCCUCUGCUGUCCAUGGGCACUUGUUCACUUCCUGAAGCAUCUCUUGGUAGCUGUUUGCUCAGAAAACAAACAAGGCUGCCUGGGCAGUAUACUUUAGAUGUGGUAUUUAUUUUCAUAAGUCCUAUGAACACCUGGGAGGGAAAGCUGAGAAAGUAGACUUUAUUUUUCAAAUUGAUGUCAUAAUAUUGUAUAAAAAGGAAAGA